AUGUUGCCCGAGCUUUGGAGUUUUCUUUCUCUACAGAAGUUGAGAUCUGAUAUCUGUUAUACAUCUUGUUAUUUCUGUCUGGGGCAGCUAGCAAAGCAUGUUUUUGGUGCAUCCAAGGUAGCAGCUACUGCAAGCACUGCGAAACUGGAGCUGUUGAAGAGUUUGGGAGCUGAUUUGGCUAUUGAUUAUACCAAGGGCAACUUUGAAGACCUUCCUGAGAAGUUUGAUGUAGUAUAUGAUGCUGUUGGGCAGUGUGAUAGGGCAGUAAAGGCUGUGAAAGAAGGCGGGCAAGUUGUGACAAUAGUAGGUCCUGUAACUCCACCAGCAUCCAUAUUUCUGCUCACUUCAAAGGGCUCCAUCUUAGACAAACUGCAACCCUACUUGGAGAGUGGGAAGGUGAAGCCACUGAUCGACCCCAAAGGCCCAUUCCCAUUUUCUAAGACUGUUGAAGCAUUUUCCUAUCUUGACACUAAUAGAGCUACUGGAAAAGUGGUCGUGUAUCCGAUCCCAUGAGGGGGGGGAAAAAAAAUCGAUUUCAGCAAUAUAUGUAAAUUAUAUAAUAAAGUGGUUUGGCUUGCAUUCCUCUGUUGUUUCUCUUAUCCUAGUUGCUUG